CCCAUUCCCGUUUAGCGUAAAGGAUCCCCAUCCCGCUAUAAACGGGGCGGCCCAGGGGAUGGGGAAUUGCCAUCCCUAUGCUGUAUUGUCUAUUCCGAUCUGCUUCGCCGGCGAUCUCUCCGUAUUGUCAAUUUGUCUCCACAUACUUGAGCAAAGACCACAACUUUCAAUCUGUCUUGCCGUUUCCCUUGUGUUCUGAUGAGAUCUGCCGGUGACGAUUUUUUAUACUUUCCGAUUGUUUAUUCCGAUCAGCUUCGCUGGCGGUCUCUCUGUUUCUCCAGAGACUGAGCAAAGCAACAACUUUCUAUCUGUCUCGCCGUUUCCCUUGUUUUCUGAUUAGAUCCGACGUUGCCGGUUUUAUAUACUUUCCGAUUGUUUAUUCCGACCAGCUUUUCCGGCGGGGUCUCUGUUUUUCCACAGACUUGAGCAAAGGCCUCAACUUUCUACCUGUCUCGCCGUUUCCCUUGUUUUCUGAUCAGAUCUGACGGUGCCGGUUUUAUAUACUUUCCGAUUGGGUCUAUCUGUUUUUCCAGCCACAACUAUUUUAUACUUUCCGAUUGUUUAUUCCGAACAGCUUCGCCGGCGAUCUCUCUGUUUCUCAACAGGCGUGUAAAGGUGACAACUUUCUACAUGUCUGCCUUGCACCUCUCCUUCGUAGUAAAUUUCCCGAGAACAAUUCAAAGAAAGGAACAAAUCUGAAGUGGUAGAGAGAAGAGAAGAGAAGAGAAGUUGAUUAAAUGGCUUCUAGGAUAAAAAGGUGCCGGAAUGCGAAGAGGAGACGGUCGUCGGCCCAAAUCUCCUCCGCCGCUGCUGAAAUCAUCGGCAAUAACCACGACCCGGUGAUGGAGAUUCUUCUGCUUCUGCCGCCGAAAUCCCUCAUUCGAUUCAAGUCUGUCUCGAAAACAUGGUCGUCUCUAAUCUCCGAUCGUACCUUCUGUAUCCUCUGGCAACAGCGCCGACAAUCCCACGAUCUUCCCAAAACUUCCGGCCUUUUCUUCACCUGUAAAUCCCGUACUCAAAUCAAAUACAUUCCUCUCAAAGACACAGAUGAUGGUGGAAAAAGCAGGUCUUUAGCGCGCUUUCCCAAUAUGUACCAUAUCAAUACAACUAUCAUACACUCCUGCAAUGGUCUGCUACUCUGCUGUUUAAAAAAGCCAGGCUAUAGUCCCCGAUCUUACCAAGUCUACAAUCCCACCACAAAGCAAUUCCGGUCUCUUCCCUGGCCCUUUUCCCGCACUAGUUAUCCUGCUGACCCUUUAUAUUUGGCUUUUGAUCCUUCCAAAUCACUUCACUACAAAGUUGUUUUGCUUCAGAGAAUACCACACAAGUAUAAGAAGAAUAAUUACUUGUAUCAAAUUCAUAUUUAUUCGUCAGAAACCAAUGCUUGGAGACCCUUUGGUGGUGAUACCAUCCCGGCAAGAUCAGCAUCAUCAUCGGACUUGGAUUAUGGAGUCUAUUCCAAUGGUUCUAUCCAUUGGAUUUCCUUCCACCGAGAACAAGCUUCCAUAUACUUUGAUGUUGAUCAGGAGAGAUUGUGCCCAAUGCCAUCUCUACCAAUAUUACAUAAUUUUGGUUUUGUAUUCCGGCAUUUUGGGGUGUCUGGAGGUCAUUUACAUUUUAUUCAGGAAUCUAGUUGUGACACCAGAUACAGUAUUGACAUCUCUGAAAUGGAAAGCGAUUACUCCAAGUGGUCGUUCAAGUAUCGGGUUGACCUUAACAUGAUGUUGGAUUUUGUAUCACAGGACAUGAUUAUGAGCCAUGCCGUGACUGUGCUUGGUUUAGUAGAUGGAGAAGAUGAAGAUGAUGUGUAUUUGAUGCUAUUUGUAGGCACCAACAUGAUUUUCUCUUACAACUUAAAGGAUAAUACGUUUAAGAAGCUUCAUGAUGUAGCACACCAUCCUGGUUCUUCAUCUUCUGAGCUUGUACUGUAUAAACACUGUAGUCUCUAUCCAUUCAUUGAGACACUCCUUCCUCUGUUUGACUGAUGGGUUGUAUUUUCCCACAAAUGCGGUUAGAGAACGCCCUAUUGAUUUAAAAGCCUGCACUUACAACAGUAAAUAUGCAUGUGCCAAAAAGAUUUCAUGGAAAAUCAUAUGACAAAUUGUAGGAUGUGCAUUGACAGUAUGCCCAUACUUCAACUUGAAGGAUAUUAUCAUAACCAAGCAUUUUCCUACUGCCCUUCUAAUGGAGAGAAAAUAUCAUUUAGUUCAUUUCGACUCCAAAUCAAUAAAAAGAUGGGGUCUCAGUCACUUGUAUAAUAUGUUGGCAGCAAGGUGAAAUUUUAUAAGAGGGAAAGACUGGCUACCUAGAAAGAGAUAUGUGUGUGUGUGUGGGGCGCGCGCGCGAAUCCAUUAUUGGCUGCAAGCAUUUAGACAAUUUUCUAUGAAAUUCCAAUAUCAAGGUAACAUUGUUUUGGCUCAUGAUCUCCUAAAAGGCUUUUUUAGUAAGAGUGAGUCUAUGGCUUUGAAAGUAUAUUUGAAGAAGGCCUGUGAUUCCAUUUCCUUGAAUUUUCUGUUGAAAUUGAUGCACAAUUUGUCAAUGGAGUUCCUGCUCUUCUGCUCGUUUAUUCUAAAUACCUUUCGACUCUGCAAAUAAUAAUAUUUAGGUGAGGCCCAGCACCAUUCUCAUCGCAAAUAUGUCACAAUCUUGACUGGUCAAUCAAAAAUAAAAAAGAAUAAUAUGGUCCAGAAAUAAAAUAAAUGAACCUGAUUUUCGUUCCUUUUCUUUUUUAUUGUGUCACAUAUGCAGUGGUGAUGACCUAAAUAUUGUCCCUUAGGAGAUUGACGGAAGGCUUGCCUAAAACCAACAAGCAUGUAGAAGUUGCAAAACGGAGGCAGGAUUGCAAAGUGAACUGGGUUAAGAGGAAGUGUAGUAUUACAUAUGGAACGGAUUAAGAGAAAGAGCAGUACUGCAUAUGAACCGAGGUGUGUGAUGUACAGUUGUAAUAAUUUUUUUAUUUUUGGGACUUGGACUACAGCCCAAAUUAGUCCUUCAGUAGCUCCACCACAUUAACAGAGGGAACAUGAUCUUAAACAUGCAAAACUGUAUUUCAAUUUCUUUUCUUUACAAUCAUAAAAAAGAUCUUGAAGU